CAGGGUGAUAGCGGGGACAGGGCUAACGGAAGAAUUCAGGACAGGGAAAGGAGUCAGGCAAGGAUGCCCUCUAAGCCCAAUCCUGUUUAAUAUAUUCAUACAGGAUCUGGUAGAGAGCUUAGAAGGGAAAAUGGAAGGAGGUACGCCAAUAGGACCGGGGGCAUGAGUAAAAGUAUAUGCACUGAUGUACGCAGAUGACGCGGCAAUAGUAGCGGAAGAAGGAGCGGAACUAGGAAAAAUGCUGAAAACACUGGAGAGAUGGGCGGACAGAAACAACAUGGAGCCGAGCAAGCGAUUCCUCAUCAUCCCAGUGGUUCUGAGGGCAUUAUUUAUUCCUCUGUUUUUACUCUGCAAUUACCACGUUGGUGAUGAUCUCUCUGUGAGGGCUUUGCCUGUGCUGAUAGACAAUGACUGGAUCUACCUGGCAAUUGGGAUCAUCAUGGGUCUCAGCAGUGGAUACUUCUCCUCUCUCGGAAUGAUGUAUUGCCCCACGGAAGUGGAUCCACGUCACUCAUCGACAGCAGGAAUGUUCGCUGCUGCUGCCCUCAUCACCGGCAUCUUCUUCGGGGUUCUGUCUUCCAAUGUAAUGCCCCUCAUCGUUAAUAAUAUCUCCUGGUAGAUGGAACAGUUCUCAUGAUAAGACGAGAAUUAUUUAUAGCUCGUAAUGAAUUUUUCCCCCCGCGUUGAGAAUUGAAUAGAAAUCAUUGAUACAUGGUAGAGAUUAUUUAUCUCGAUCGAGAAAUCCGUUUUACUAUUGAGGAUUUAUUAAUCUGCACACGUGACCAUCAACCGAUGAAUUUGUAAAAAUCAUUCUGUUAGAAAAAGGUGGGGUGAGAUAAUUUUAGGUUCGUAAAUAUUUAUUUAUCUCGAAAACUAUUGAUUUGAGGAAGAAAAGUCAAAAGAGUUUUUUUAUCGGCAAUUUGAAUAGCUGGAGAAAAGUGUUAUGAGGUUUUUUUUUUAAAUUGAUAGUUUGCGGGAUAAAUGAGUAAUUGAAGAGCGGAAUUUAAAUAAAAUUGUAAAUUCGAUUUAUCUCACUUUUGACGAGUGCAUCAGCAUCGGCUUUGCUCAGUAGUUAUUAUACGCCAUGUUUUUCUACCAAUUUUGCCUUUGAAUACCGUAUUUUUCGAAUGGCAGGGAUUGCCUGCCAUUUUACAUGCGGUAUUGCCCACCCGUUCCAACG